GUCUAGUAUUCGGCGAUGAGUCUUUGCUGGUGGACGACACUUGCACGAACUCCGAAGAGGGUGACUGCAGUUUGUCUCUGAGACAGCUACGCCUACACAAAGCUCAAGAACAAGCAGAGUCGGUUCAUUCAGAGCCGCAGUCUAUUGAGCCAGUAUCUUUCGUACUUCCCUGCACAGAGCCAAGUGAAUUGGAGGGCGUUCAGCUCUCUGAAAUGAAGGCAGAGGAAGAAAAGGAAGAAAAGGAGCAGGAAGAGAUGGACGAAUUUGCCAAGUAUAGGGGUGAUGAUUGUUUCCAGCAGCAUGUCUACUGGCGAGAAAAGAACAAUGCCAUCACAAUGCCGGGCACCCAUCGGACACGGCAAUCCAGUCCACAGCACUGCCAAGAGCUGUGUGCCAAGAUGACUGGUUGUGGACAUUUCUCUUACUGGAGCGAUGGAGGAUGUCUCCUGACCUCUGGCGGAGCUCAUCCCGUGAAAUACCACGGCGGUGUCCUUUCAGGUGGUCCAAGCUGUGGUUCGACUGCAGAUACCUACAAGGAACCUGCCUAUAAGGGACCAAGUGUCAUGAAAGUUGGUCCUCGAGGUGGUAUGGACCCACCAACUCAUGUGCAGCAGUACAAUGGUGUUGCGUGGCCUACCAUGAAGAUCACUGAUGACAAGGACCUGGGGCGACCUGCUUUGGGCAUCCUUCAGAAUCCUUCAGAAUCCUUCAGCAACUUUGAGCUUCAAGUUCAAGAGCUGAGAUUCAACACGGAUUCAACAACAUGCAGUUUCUUGAUGAGCACCACAUUUAUGCUAUUGGCGACUGGGGCCUGCCCGGAUAGUUGUCAUUAUUCGCCGGAGAUCGACUAUAGAGCCCAGGUGAAGGUGGCCGAUGCCUUGAAAAAGAGGGCGCCAGAGACGAAACCCGAUUUUUUCAUCAACGUCGGCGACAACUUCUAUUGGGGCGGAGUCAACACAGACUGUGGCACUCCGAUGAACAAGAUUCACCCGGUCACUGCCCAUCAGUUCAAUGAGAUCUUUGAGCGUGUGUACUUUGGCCCAGGUGUUGAUAGCAAGCCAUGGCUUAGUGUUUUGGGCAACCACGAUUAUGGAGGAUUCCAAUUCAACAAGGGUUGGGACCAGCAGAUUGCCUACACUUGGGCCAGCGACCGGUGGAUUAUGCCAGGUCAGUACUUCAUGCAGCGCGUGGAGUAUCCCGAUUUUUCAGUAGAGGUCUUCAUGCUGGACACAAACAUGAUGGACUCUCAUCCGAAGCAUGCCGAUCCUAGACACAACAUCUGCGGCCAGCAGAACAACCCUCCGGGAGCCAGUUGCUCAGCAACUGGUGGCCCGAAGAACUUAGAUGACUGCUUCAGCUUCAUGUGGGACGUGUGGAGAGCAGAACAGAAAUGGAUCGAGAAGAAACUGAAGAGCUCGACAGCCGAUUGGCAGAUCGCCAGCUGGUACAAGAAGUUGCACCAGGAUCUUGGACUGGACCUGCUGGUCACUGGCCACACCCACACCCAGGCCAUCUUUCACAAAUGGAAGGUGCUGGGUGGUCUCACUUGCUUCAUCACUGGUGGUGGUGGCGGUAUCACCUCAGAAAAUCCUCCAGAUGUCCCAAGAAGUGCAGCCUAUAGCUUCUUUGACUUGACCAUCUCCAAGGAGAAAAUCAAGUUGGAGUCAGUGAACUUUAGGGGCGAGGUUGUUGGUACUGCUACUGUCACACCCGUCUCUAGAGCUGGAGCGAACACGACUGAAGUUGAAGCCUGA